CCGCCCCGCCCUGCCCCGCCCCGCCCCCACCCGGCCCAGAGCCCACCCCUCGGCGGGGCUGACCCCGAGGGCAGCCGGCUGGCAGCAGACGGCGAGGGAGGCGAGCGGGCGCGGCGCCGCGAGCGGGUUGCGGGCAGCGGGGCACGGCAAACUUUGCAGUUCGCCGCGCUUCCCCGGCCCGGCCCCUUCUCCCAUCGCCAACGUCGCUACCCCACUUUCCUCCAACCCCGCACACCUCUCCCCACCCACCCCACCUCCCGUCGCUCCUCCUCGCCGCCUCGACUCUACUCCGGGGAAAACUUCAAAGCGCCGGAUCGCAGGCUCCCUGCUUACUCCCCGGCUGGGGAUUUCAGACUAGAUGCUUGAAGAAAAGCUGCCAUCCAAGAAGACGACAUGCUUUCAGCACCCGCCCCCCCCACCGUAUGGGAAUGUUCACAGCUGGAUGAACAGUGAGAGGGUCCGCAUGUGUGGGAUCAGCGACGACAGGAAAAUUCCUGUAAACGAAGGUGACACUUCAAAGGCCGUACUGGAACUAAGGGAAGAAAACCCCUGGAAUCACAACGUGGUGGACGCGACCACGGCCCAUCGGAUCGAUGGCCUGGCAGCGCUGAGCAUGGACCGCCGCACCGGCCUGAUCCGGGAAGGGCUGCGUGUCCCCGGAAACAUCGUCUAUUCUAGCUCGUGUGGACUGGGCUCAGAGAAAGGGCGGGAGGCUGCCACAACCAUAGGUGGUCUGGGGUUUUCUUCCGAAAGAAACCCAGAGAUGCAGUUCAAACCGAAUACACCCGAGACGGUGGAGGCCUCCGCUGUCUCCGGAAAACCCCCAAAUGGCUUCAGUGCUAUAUACAAAACGCCACCCGGAAUACAAAAAAGUGCUGUCCCCACGGCAGAAACACUGGGCUUGGACAGACCUGCCAGCGACAAACAGAGCCCGCUCAACAUCAAUGGUGCUAGUUACCUGCGGCUGCCCUGGGUCAAUCCCUACAUGGAGGGGGCCACGCCAGCCAUCUACCCUUUCCUCGACUCGCCAAAGAAGUAUUCCCUGAACAGGUACAAGGCCUUGCUACCUCAGCAGUCCUACGGCGUGGCCCAGCCGCUGUAUUCUCCGGUCUGUACCAAUGGGGAGCGAUUUCUCUACCUGCCGCCACCUCACCACAUCAGUCCCCACAUCCCAUCAUCCCUGGCCUCGCCCAUGAGACUCUCGACGCCUUCGGCCUCACCCGCCAUCUCGCCUCUGGUCCACUGCGCAGACAAAAGCCUGCCCUGGAAGAUGGGCGUCAGUCCUGGGAACCCGGUCGAUUCCCACUCGUAUCCCCACAUCCAGAACAGUAAGCAGCCUAGGGUGCCCUCUGCCAAGGCGGUCACCAGCGGCCUGCCGGGGGACACGGCUCUCCUGUUGCCCCCCUCGCCUCGGCCUUCACCCCGCGUCCACCUUCCCUCCCAGCCCGCUGCGGACACCUACUCCGCGUUCCAUAAGCACUGUGCCAGGAUCUCCACCGCGCCCUCGGUCACCCUGUCGAAGCCAUACAUGACGGUCAGCAGCGAGUUCCCCGCGGCCAGGCUCUGCAGCAGCAAGUAUCCAAAGGCUCCAGAAGGAGCCGAAAGCACCCAGCCAGCUCCCGGGCACACCCGGAAAACAGCAGGUGAAGACAGAAAAGAUGGCAGCUCACCUCCUGUCUUGGAGAAGCAGACUGUUACCAAAGGCGUCACCGAUAAGCCACUAGACUUGUCCUCUAAAGUGGUGGAUGUAGAUGCUUCCAAAGCUGACCACAUGAAAAAGGUGGCUCCCACCGUCCUGGUUCACAGCAGAGCUGGAAGCGGCCUAGUGCUCUCCGGAAGUGAGAUUCCGAAAGAAACUCUGUCUCCUCCAGGAAAUGGCUGUGCUAUCUAUAGAUCUGAGAUCAUUAGCACGGCUCCCUCGUCCUGGGUGGUGCCCGGGCCAAGUCCUAACGAAGAGAACAAUGGCAAAGGCCUGCCGCUGAAAAACAAGGCCUUGGACUGGGCCAUCCCGCAGCAGCGCAGUUCUUCGUGUCCCCUCAUGGGCGCCGCCGACGCCGUGGUCACUAACGUUUCGGGGUCGGUGUCGAGCGCCGGCCGCCCAGCCUCUGCGUCGCCGGCCCCAAAUGCCACCGCCGAGGGCAGCGAGACCAGCAGGAGCUCCGUGGAUACCACGCCAUCCGUCAUCCAGCACGUGGGCCAGCCCCCGGCCACACCUGCCAAGCACAGCGGCGGCACCGGCAGCAAGGGCGCCAAAGCCAGCAACCCAGAGCCGAGCUUCAAAGCGAAUGAGAAUGGCCUCCUGCCGAGCUCAGUAUUUCUCUCACCAAACGAGGCGUUCAGGUCCCCACCAAUCCCCUACCCCAGGAGUUACCUGCCUUACCCAGCGCCCGAGGGCAUUGCCAUAAGUCCCCUCUCCUUACACGGCAAAGGCCCUGUCUACCCUCAUCCGGUGUUGCCCAAUGGCAGUCUCUUUCCUGGGCACCUCGCCCCAAAGCCGGGACUGCCCUACGGGCUACCCACGGGCGGGCCGGAGUUUGUGACCUACCAGGACGCGCUGGGGUUGGGCAUGGUGCAUCCCAUGUUGAUACCUCACACGCCCAUCGAGAUCACUAAAGAGGAGAAACCGGAGAGGAGGUACCGGUCCCACGAGAGGACCCGCUACGAGGACCCAGGCCUCUGGAACCGGUUUUCUGAGAUGCUGGAAGCCGGCAGCACCAAGUUACAUCCAGAAGUCCCCGCGGACAAGAACCUAAAGCCCAGCCCCAGCUGAAAUCAAGGGAAGACCGUCGUCAAGAGUGACAAGCUUGUCUAUGUAGACCUCCUCCGGGAAGAGCCAGAUGCGAAAACCGACGCUAACAUGUCCAAACCCGGCUUCACAGCUGAGAGUGUCGGCCAGAGUGCCAAGCCCACCAAACCCCCGCCUGACCCGGCUCUACAGCCACACCGGGAUUUCAUUGCCCUGAGAGAGGAGUUGGGGCGCAUCAGUGACUUCCACGAAGCCUAUACUUUCAAAGAGGCUCCGGGCCAGCCAGUCUCCGGCUUAAGCAAGGAGAAUGUUCCAGCGGUAACCAACAAGGAGAACCUGGCGAUGCCGGUCUCGACUCCAUUCCUGGAGCCGACCCUGGGGAGCGACAGCUCUGCGGUCACUUUCGGGAAAACCCAAGAGGAUCCCAAACCAUUUUGCAUGGGCAGUGCCCCACCGAGUGUGGACGUCACCCCCACCUACACCAAAGACGGAGCUGAUGAGGCAGGAUCAACCGAUGGCAAAGUUCUGAACCCGAAGCCAUCUAAGCUGGCAAAGAGAAUCGCAAACUCCGCUGGUUACGUGGGUGACCGGUUCAAGCGUGUCGCUACCGGACUGUACGCAGACUCCUGCCGGGAGCAGCGGGCAUUGCAGCGUGCAGUGAUGCGCUUCUCAGAGUUGGAGAUGAAAGAGCGAGAAGGUGGCCACCCCACGACCAAAGACUCUGAGGUGCGCAAAUUCAGCCCCGCUGACUGGGAAAGGCUGAAAGGAAGUCAGGACAAAAAGCCAAAGUCGGUCGCCCCGGAGGAGGCCAUUGCCGACCAGAAUGACAGUGAGAGAUGGGAGUGUUAUGAUGGAAGCAAACCUGACCCCUUCGAAACCCCAGAAGACAGUGAUCUUCCUGAGGACAUGGACACGGAGCCCCCGAGAGAGUCCCCCGCCGACCAGGCGGCCCUGGACGCGUCACGCAGCCCCACCCUCCGGCUGAACAGAAAGCGCAAGGUGUCUGGCGAUAGGAACCACACUGAGACCACUGUGCUCCCGGAGGACUCUCUGCUGAAAGCCAAGCGGAGACGGGUCUCCAAAGCUGACUGGCCUGAGAGGGAAAUGACAAACAGUUCCUCUAACCGCUUAGAAGAGCCACAUUAUAGUGAGCUGACCAACCAGGUGUGCAUUGAAUUAACAGGGCUCCAUCCCAGAAAGCAGCGCUGCUUUCUGCACCUUAGAGAACGGCGGGAGCAGCAGGUGUCGGUAGCAGAGAGCAAACCUGGCCGGCAGGGCAGGAAGGAAGUGACCCAGGCGGUUCAGCCUGCGGUCACCCCCCAGGGCAAUAGCAUCUCCGAAGGAAAACCUGGCAGGAAAAGGGCAGAAGCCAAAAGCAACAGCAGCUGGUUGGAGGAGUCCCUUAAAUGCAGUGACAAUGAACAAGAUGUGCUGUGCAUGGACGAAGAAAUGUUUCGGCAGCCUUCGCCCCUGCCGCAGAAAUACACCGACAACAGCGAGAAACCAUCCGGGAAGCGACCGUGCAAAACCAAGCAUUUGAUCCCUCAGGAGCCCAGGCGGGGCUUGCCACUGCCAGGGGACUCCUACGUGGACAAUGCGGAUGGCAAGGAGCGGCCUGAGCCCAGUUCCGACUAUGAUCUUUCGCCGGCCAAGCAGGACCAGAAGCCAUUGGACCGUUUGCAGCAAUUGUUACCAGCUUCCCAGGCCUCGCAGCUGACACGCUCAAGCUCCCCUCCAGAGACCACCCAGUCCCGCCCGAUGCCACCGGAAGCACGGAGACUUAUUGUCAAUAAGAAUGCGGGCGAGACCCUCCUACAGCAGGCCUCCCGGCUUGGCUACGAGGAAGUGGUCUUGUACUGCCUGGAGAACAAGAUUUGUGAUGUGAACCACCGCGACAACGCGGGUUACUGUGCCCUGCACGAGGCUUGUGCAAGAGGUUGGCUCAACAUCGUACGACACCUCCUUGAAUAUGGCGCUGAUGUCAACUGCAGUGCCCAGGAUGGAACCGGGCCUCUCCACGAUGCUGUCAAGAAUGAUCAUCUCGAAAUUGUCCGCUUGCUCCUCUCCUACGGUGCUGAUCCUACCCUGGCUACGUACUCAGGUAGAACCAUCAAGAAAGUGAACCACAGCGAACUUCUGGAGAAGUUCUUAACAGACUGUUUAAAUAACCUGCAGGCUCCUGACGACUCUUCGGAGUUCUCUGGCAGCUGUGUGUGUGAACCAGAUGAUGAAAGUGGUUACGAUGUUUUAACAAAUCCCCCAGGACCGGAGGACCAGGAUGACAGCAACGAGGCCUAUGGUGACCUAUUGGAAUCUGAAUUUUCUGAAGAACCCCUUUUGCCGUGUUAUAACGUCCAGGUGUCCGUCGCACAGGGGCCUCGUAACUGGCUGUUGCUCUCAGACCUGCUCAGGAAACUGCAAAUGUCCUCCUGCAUAUUCCGCUGCAAUUUUCCAAAUGUGGAAAUUGUCACCAUCGCGGAGGCCGAGUUCUGCCGGCAAGUGUCAGCAAGUCGCUUAUUCUCUUGCCCCAAAGACCUGGAGUCCUGUAAUCCAGAAAGUAAGGAGCUCUUAGAUCUGGUGGAGUUCACGAACGAGCUUCAGACUCUGCUGGGCUCAUCCGUGGAGUGGAUCCUCCCCAGAGACCUGGACUCAGACGACGACUGGUGAGCUCGCCGGGGCCCGCCGUGUACAGUGUGUCAUGGUGUUAAUCCUUGUGCAUAUGUGUCCUAAUACGACUAUUUCUGUAAAGAAAGGACACUAUGAGACACGACUCCAGUUGGAAGGACUUCAAAACAUGUUUUUUUCUUUUUAAAAUUUUAAGUCAGUUUUUAUGAAGUUGUUAAUAAAGUUUCUUUACUUUUCAAUGUA